CCCAUCCUCCUUUCUUAACAUUUUGAUCCUUUCAACCAUCCUUAAUCACAUCUCCCUCUCUCUCCCUCUGAUUAGCAACGCAUCUAACAAACUUCCUACAUCUAUAUAAAUAACUACUAACAGGAUGGGAUCAGUCUGGCUCGCAGUCAUUUAUAUUGGAGGCUGGAUCCUCUCCAUGAGGAUCUUUGGUUUCUUCUGGAAGAACAGGAAGUUAGCCAUCAACGAUGCUGAGCCUUGGUUUGGUGAGCAUGUAGCGCGUAACCAGUACAUUGCACUCCUUCAACAGGAAGAACCUGAAGCGACAGAAACCCAAUUGGUUGCAGCAUUGUUACGCCGUGCUAUGGAGGAUGUUAACCGUGUCUUAUCGAUGCGUGAGGACAAGCAAGUUCUCGCCAACUUGGUCAAGCAAGGAACCUUGGGUGAUGAUAUUUGGACCCAGUUUGCUCUUUCAGAGAAGGAACUCGAAGCUGAGAUUAUGGCUUUGAUCGAGGAGGCCAAUACGUUCAAGGAGGGUUGGGGUCAAACUAUUCUUCAGACUGCUAGUGAGAUGGUUAUGCAUGAAAAGACUAAGCAACUUCAGAAGGAGCUCGCCAUCAGGAGAGAGGAGGAGACUCGUAAGCAAGCCCUUCGUGAACAACGUAAGGAACAGAACAAGGCCGUGAAGGCCAAAAAGGACACCACUGUUGCUGUAAAGUCUGCAGCGGAGGAUUCGGAAGGACCCCCACCUCCCUAUACUGAGCAAGAAAAGACUGCGGCUUAAAGGCCAAUGAUAUGAAGUGUGUAAAUGGUUGUUUCUUCUUUUUAUCUUGGAAUAAAAAUGCUUUAUUUCAAUCUUUUCCUACAAUCCAUUCCAAACGCCUUCGAUCGUCGAUUAAGAAUUACGUAGAUCUUUCACAUCAUCUUGGGCGUUAUGCUUCGGGUCGCCGUGCGAGGCUCAAUUUCAAAAUUGGAAUCAACGGUUGCACGGCUGCAUUCGGUAC